UCAGUUGCUCUACGGGAAAUACGGCAGCAGCAGCGCCGAACGGAGCCCAUUAUCCCGCGGGCUCCAUUCGGCCGUCUUGUCCGCGAACUUGACAACAAUGUGAGCUUGACGGACCCGCACAUGUGGCAGCCGGGGGCCCUCGAGGCCCUUCAGGUGGGAGCGGAAGAUAUGCUCAUCUCGCUGUUAACGGACGCCUGGCUGCCCAUGUUCCAUGCGGCACGGCAGACGCUGAGGGUAACCGACAUGCGUCUUGUACGCCAACUUCAG